UGUUCCGCGGCAGCGUGCGGGGAGCGCGGGAGUCGCCCCCAGCCCAGCGUCCCGAUGCCCAGCGUCAACGCCAGCGCCGGCCGCAAGGGCCCGGAGAAGCCGCGGGAGGUCACGGACGCGGGGGAAGAUUAUGCUAACGAGAGAUAUGGACUGUCUUCAAUGAUACAAUCACAGGAAAAACCAGAUCGAGUUUUGGUUCGCAUUAGAGACUUGACAGUACGGAAAGCGGAUGAUGUUGUUUGGGUGCGUGCAAGAGUCCAUACAAGCAGAGCCAAAGGGAAGCAGUGCUUCCUGGUCCUGCGGCAGCAGCAGUUUAAUGUCCAGGCUCUGGUGGCAGUGGGAGACCACGCGAGCAAGCAGAUGGUUAAAUUUGCUGCCAACAUCAACAAAGAGAGCAUCGUAGAUGUAGAAGGAGUUGUGAGAAAAGUAAAUCAGAAAGUUGGAAGCUGUACACAGCAAGAUGUGGAGUUACAUGUUCAGAAGAUCUAUGUGAUCAGUUUGGCUGAACCUCGCUUGCCACUGCAGCUGGAUGAUGCUGUUCGGCCUGAGGGAGAUGGAGAAGAGGAAGGAAGAGCUACUGUUAACCAGGAUACAAGAUUAGACAACAGAGUCAUUGAUCUUCGGACAUCCACUAGUCAGGCAGUGUUCCGUCUCCAGUCCGGCAUCUGCCAUCUCUUCCGAGAAACUUUAAUUAACAAAGGUUUUGUGGAAAUCCAAACUCCUAAAAUUAUUUCAGCUGCCAGUGAAGGAGGAGCCAAUGUUUUCACUGUGUCAUAUUUUAAAAAUAACGCUUACCUCGCUCAGUCCCCACAACUGUAUAAGCAGAUGUGCAUCUGUGCUGACUUUGAGAAAGUUUUCUGUAUUGGCCCAGUUUUCAGAGCUGAAGACUCCAAUACCCACCGACAUCUAACAGAGUUUGUUGGUUUGGAUAUUGAGAUGGCUUUUAGUUAUCAUUACCAUGAAGUUUUAGAAGAAAUUGCUGACACCUUGGUACAAAUAUUCAAAGGACUUCAAGAAAGGUUCCAGACUGAAAUUCAGACUGUGAAUAAACAGUUUGCGUGUGAGCCAUUCAAGUUUUUGGAGCCAACUUUAAGGCUAGAGUACUGUGAAGCACUGGCCAUGCUUAGAGAGGCUGGGGUUGAAAUGGGAGACGAAGAGGACCUAAGUACGCCAAAUGAAAAAUUGCUGGGUCGUUUGGUGAAGGAAAAGUACGACACAGACUUUUAUGUUCUGGAUAAGUAUCCAUUGGCUGUGAGGCCUUUCUACACCAUGCCUGACCCAAGGAACCCUAAACAGUCCAACUCCUAUGAUAUGUUCAUGAGAGGAGAAGAAAUACUUUCAGGAGCUCAAAGAAUACAUGAUCCUCAGCUACUAACAGAGAGAGCCUUACAUCAUGGAAUUGAUUUGGAGAAAAUCAAAGCUUACAUUGAUUCCUUCCGCUUUGGAGCCCCUCCUCAUGCUGGCGGAGGCAUUGGGUUGGAACGGGUGACCAUGCUGUUUUUAGGACUGCAUAAUGUACGGCAGACCUCCAUGUUCCCAAGGGACCCUAAACGACUCACUCCCUAAAGCCACGCUUUUAUUCUUGUAAUCUGCUGUUACUCAGGUUGUACCUGAGGUACUUAAAAUAUGAAUAGAAAAACAUCCUUCUGAAGUGCCAGAGUUAUUUUUUAAUUAAUUCUGUACAAGUUAAGAAAACAUUUUCAUGAUUUCAGAUGUGCUUUGGUAGGAAAUGCUUGAGCAUUUUAAUGAGGAUUUCAUAUGGUUAUUCAUACUGUUACUACAGUACAUGCUAAUGAAAGUUUUAAACAGUUAAGAUUGUAUAAUCUUUUCUAUAUUAAGAUAGCCACAGUAUUAGCAUCCUAAAUUUUCAAUAUUUGAGCUUUUUAAACUCCUGACAUUGAGGUAAGAAUAGCUAACACUGUAACACAUGUAAUUGACAUAUCAUGGAAAACUUGAAAUGCUAGUUCUUACAGGCUACACUCAGAAAUCAUGUGUUGCGGUUGAGAAAACUGACCAGUAUCAGACAAAAGUGGUUGUUAAAUGCUAAAGCUGAAUUUCAAUAAAAUUUUAAAGCUAA